AUGACUGAUAAGACGGCGUCUGCUGAUGUGAAUGCGCCGGAACUCGAUCCAACGAGUCGCACGUUUGACCCAAAGGCGUACAUUCGUCGUAUGUAUGCAGAUGCCACUCAUGUGGAUUUUGAGAAUACACUUCUGAGUCAAGUCAUCCACGAGGCGGACGUUACGGAGGAGGCAUUAAAGGAGUUGAUCCGAGAUAGUAUGAAAACAUUUAUUGGAUGUAAAGAGGCAAUGGAUGUGAUGUAUGCAAAUGACACAUCUCUCUUUACAGGUGAGGCGAUUGAUCCAAUUUAUGAUGCCUUUCAAUCCACACUAAAGGAAGGAGAGGCACUUGUGGCUCCAACAGUUGAACUCUUUGAGGAGUUGAGGGCCAGUAAACUUACGAAGGAAAUACUUGCGAAACUUAUGACGGUAUGGAGUGUUCCUGGUGUUAUUUAUGAGUAUUGUGGAGUGCGGGUACCACAGCGACAAUCGGAUGUGUCACGAGAGAAGAAUAUAAAAUGGGAAGAGUUCAAAAAAGAUGGAACUCGAAAUAGAAGACGUAGAAGUACUAUUUAUGAUGAUAAUGAUGAUGAUGAGGAUGCUGGUAGUAUUAGAAGCAAUAGCAACAUAAGCCUCAAUAGAAGUAGAAGAAGCGUCAAUGUCAGCAACGGCAGCGACAGUGAUAACGAUAGCGAUAACAGUAGCAAAAGAAGUGAAAGAAGAAGUGAUAUUGCUCACCCUAUGGGAGACUCUGACGCUGAAGAUGAUGAAUGGCAACGGGUGGCUCGCGGAGCUCUGGAGGAACUCCCCGAUGAUGCUGGCACAAAUAAUGAUUACUUAUUAUUACCAGGCGAAGAGUUAACAUACUGGUAUGGAACACCAUUAGCACGCCGGUGUAGUAUUGGUAGUAGUGGUAGUAGUAGUGGUGCUGGUGGUGAUGUGCGUCCAACAGGCGAUGCGAAAAACUUUGAGGCGGCUGUCUUAAGUCUGCGGCGUGCGAUGUUGUAUUUGGAGGAGAAUUAUGAUCUUGAACAGGGGAUUGUACUCGGUGUAGGGGCCGGAGAUGAUGAUGACAAUAAUAAUGCUAAUAAUAACAACAACACAGAUGAUGAGAAGAGUCUUGGGCAUAUGAACAGUCCAGGUGGUCAGCAGCGAAAGCAGUUUGGAGCUAUUGCCCUUACAUAUCGUUAUGCCUUGGCACUAUUACGAGCUGCACUCUAUCUUAGUGAACAGAUGGCGGUUGAACUGCGGCACGCCAAUGCAGCCGAUACUGUUCUUAUUGAAGACAUUCUAUCCUCUAUGAUGGAUACGGCUAUUGCAGGAGUGAAACUUCGGCAUUUCUGCUGGACGGCUAGAAAUAGAUUACGAGUCGUAUCUAAACAUGAUGCGGUCAUGUCUGGACUGCGGAAAGAGCUGCGGGAAGGUGCUGUUGCCGAUGCUGCAGAUGUGUAUGAUGAAGAAGAAGAUGGUGGUGGAAGUAGCAGCGGUGGAGCAUUAUCACCUCGAGGAGUGUCAACACCAAUGUACGCAUCCCUUACAGGAACGGAGGCAAACUCCAGCUGCACAACAGCCAAUGCAGUGCCGUCUGCGGCCCAAGGAUCACAACAGCAACCAUCAUCAUCACAACAGCAACAACAACGUAUGGAACAUCCGGUGGAAUAUUAUAUUCGCAUCACCCGCAAUCAACAUACACGUAUGAUGGAAUCAACAGCAUUGCGUCUCAGCCGAGAGGCAGAUGAAUGGAGACAAAAGUUUAUGCCACGACCCAAGGAGAUGAACAGCAAUGAUGAAUUAGGACGGGGUGGUAGGAAUGAUGCUAGAUUUACAAAUAGUUUUAUGCUCCCUACUGGAAAUGGGGCUUUAUUAGGAAAUGCGAAUGAUUCCUUUUUAUUGUUCAACACUGGAGCUUUAGGUUUACCGGAUAUUGCCCUUGAUGCCAGUAUUGGGGAUCGUAUUACUGUUGGAGGUUUUGAUGUGGAUGUAACAGGACAGGGCGGAUUGCCAAACGCAGAAGCCAUUCUAGAAGCAUUCCGGACACCUGAAUCCAACUUUGCUCGUUUUACAACUUUUAGCAUAGGCGAAGUAGAGAUGGGUGGAGUGUUAAAUUGCUCUGCCGCACAACUAGCCAUGUAUAGUGAUGCACUUCUUCAGCAAGUGAUGGACAACACAGAUGUGGAAAUAAAUAUCUCUGCUAGCGCCGAAGCCGCCGCAGCUGGGACCCUAGCAGACCGUUUAUUUACUUCCUGUGUAGAUCAUUUAGAACUCGUUUUGGUAUCUUAUUGGGGUGGUAUUGCAGCUGCAGUACAUGCGGGAAUGUUUGAUUUUGAUCCCGAUGCCAACAGUGUGUUGUACCGAAUGAUAAAUGGACCUGCUGUUUUGGGUAAACGUGAGACUGCCGCUGUAGAUCCUACGGUGAGUGUAACAGUAAGUCUGACCAGUGGUGUGGAUGAACUUCCACGAUUAACGUAUGUUCCAGUAAUAAGAGAUGGGGCUCCUUCAUUACGAGAACAGUCGGUAGAUGCGGUACGUAAAAGCGUAAAGGCUGCGAGUGAUAUUCUCCAUGCACUUCUUCUCACCACUGUGAACCGUACAGUUCUACAAAGUUUUGUGCAAACCAUGGCAUCUUAUCGUGUGGGUGAUCUUCCCAUUGAUGGUGAGGUGGAGGAUGAGCGUAUUGAAUUACAUGCGGCUAUUCUCGUAGAAGUGAUUCUUGCGCAGUGGGAACGGGCGAUGCUUUAUGUGAGCAACGCCGUACGGCGUAUGAAGGUCGUUAUUGGUGAGAGUUGCACCUCUGCAUUGUUAGUGAGUGAAGUACAGGCACAGGAAAUGGGUGAUUUACUAGAGGAAUUAGAGCAACUGCGAUCUAAUCUAUUCCGUUGUUAUUCACAUGGUGUUGGUAUGCUUGCAAAGGCAUAUAUUACACUGUUACCAUCACUUCGUCAAACCUCAACAACAGGACGUGUUGUAGAUGGUGCCGUGUGUGCUCGUGUGAGUCGCGAGUUUGUCUCCUCUGCAAUGGCGUGUAAAUUACUUAAUCUUCUUUCUGUUGUGGUGGACCGUACAGCACCUUUUCUACACCGCUUUGAUGAAGUAUAUGAUGGCAUUGAUCUAUUUGCGGCAAAGGCGGAACGCAAAGAAGAUGUGAAUACUCAAAUGGAUCAGCAACAGAAAGGUCAUUCACGUCUGUUGCGACGCAAAAUAACAAAAGAAACGAAAUCCGAUACAGAAGAGGCAACAGAAUUAGAUGCGACGACGGCUUUCAUGUCCCAAUGUAAUAGUAAAAUGGUAAUUGAGCAUGUAGCCGAACAUGAAGAGAUGUUAUUAGCGCUUGUGGCAAAUAUUCUUCUUGUCUUUGUAGAUGCACUUCAUCAUAACUGUCAACGUGUCUCUCUCGAUGCCGGUGCGGCUCCAGAAACACGGGAAAGUGUCAUUAUUGAAAGUCUCGCCGAUGCCUUGUGUUUACCAACCACAAUUGUGCCUAUUGUGGCCUCGGAGCUUAUUCAGCCGUGUAUCUUGCAGGUGGUAGUGCGACUCACACCAGAGGCGAAGACUCCUCAAGAACAACAGACAUUGUUAAACCGCAAAGAAGAACAAUUUCGCACAGAGUACUUGGCCACUGUGGGGGAACACUGUGAGUUGUUGGUAGAUGCGCUGCUUGGAAUGUUUCUCGCCACACCACAGCAGCGUAUCUCACGUGAGGUACAUGCAUCUGGAUUUAUGGCUCCCAUGAUGGAUUGGCAACGCGUCUCUACACAUACCGCAGGUGCUGUGCGGCCGUAUGUAGCUGAUAGUUUAUUACAUAUUGCGAGGGCCCAUGAACGACUACAACAACUGCGACAACCUUUACUUGCAGCCGCCAUCACGCAGAGACUUGUAGCUCACUUUGCACUUGCAUUUGUAACAGCACUAUCGGCGGAUGGUAACGCCUUUGAGAUUUCAUCAGAUUGUAGUAAUAACUUUCUCUCUCACGGUUUGCUGCUUAUUGAGGCGGAGGGUCGUACGAUUCUCAGCAUUGCGGAUGCCCUCGUUGAUGGGAUAACGAAGAACAAACGUGCAGGUGCGGUGCUGCCAGAACUCGGCAUUGCACGGGAAGUACUGCGGGGAUCCGUUACCGCUCUGCAACGCCAAGGGGCUGCGGUAUGUGUGGCCCUGGCCGCACGAAAGGCAAAUAAUAAUAAUAAUAAUAAUAAUAAUAAUAAUAAUAAUAAUAAUAAUAAUAACAGUAAAGGUAGUACGGAACUGCUGCCGCUGGGAGGAGGAGGAGGAGGAGGAGAAGAUGCGGAAGGCGGCGAACGAGGAUUAUCAACGCUGCGGAAACGAGAGGAGCGGUGUAAUGCACUUGUGCAGAGUGCCAUGCAGCGUUCACGGUAUAUUGUGCAGGCCAUCAUCACACACGUGGAGGACAGUAGUAUCACUGCAGCCUUCAAGCCACUCCGCAGCGGCGUUACCGAGAGCAUUGCGGAGCGGUUGGCGAAGCGAAAGGAAGGAUACCGCCCAGCACAGAAAACACGGCAAAAUAAUGAAAAACACGUAAAGGUGAUCAGACCUUCCAAUGCAGAUACACCAGCCGCAGCAGCAGCAGCAACGACAACAGGAGAGGAGAGAGUGACUUCCCCAGGUCCACGAAAGUUACUGCGAAAAAAAGGAAAGAAAACAAAAUCAGAUGCAACCGACAAAGAGGGAGAUGAUGGAGAGGACGGUGAUGAUGAUGGGGGAAAAACAACAACAGCCUCAGGAACGGCUACUUCUGCUGCGAUGAGAAAUAUGCGAUAUGCAUCGGUACUGCAACUGGCAGCAGGACAGGGUGAAAAGAGCGUCAUUGUAAAAAAGAUGCAUACUGCUGGACACGGCGAUACAGAGGAAUCCCGCACGGCGGGAGAACAACAAGACGGUGGUGGUGGAGAUGCAGAAGAUAUGGAGAAACUCCUGCAAUAUAAAUUUGCUGAGCGAGAGGAUCGACGACACAGUAUAGAAAAACGAAACAGUAUAGAAAAACGAAACAGUAUAGAAAAACGAAACAGUAUAGAACCUGCUGGACACCAUGGUACGGAAGCUCGUGGUCGUCGCUUUAAGCGAACCCUCGCGUUAUAA